UCGCCAUGGCAGAUCUAAUCUGAUCGAAUCCGUGGCAGUCGCAUCACGAAAAGGAAGAAAUUUUCUCAGAGCUGGAUCAUGUUUAGGAGGCGGUUGGGCAUGAAGUCCUUCACAUUCUCAUUCUUUGUUGGCGGUGCUUGCGUGCUUUUGGUGAAUUUAGUUGCAAGCAGGAUGGCGUCCAGAGAAUCCAAGUUGACGAUUGCACCUGGAUUCCAUCCGGCAGCUGCUUACAUGGCAUCGAUGCUGCAUGGCAUGAAGGCCAACUCAGAUCAGGAGAUUCACUUUGGACACGUGAAGAGGCCAGGCGCGGAUAUGCUGCAACUUUCGGACCAGGAUAAGGCUAGUCACAGGGCAAGGUAUGCCGUAAUGUCAUCCCCAAUUCCUCCGAUCCCACACAUGAAAGAUCAUGUUCAGACUCGUGCAGAAAUAGAGCAGUCACUCAACAGCGAACUGUUUCAUACUCCUGCGGUGAACACUGGUCGCAUACCAGGAAAGGAAACUCAGAUUACCAAGAAGUCGACAUAUCAGAAGUUUCCUGAACCGAAAAAUCUCGUGGACGGAAUCCCAAAAGAUAUGUUCCAAAAGAAAGCCAGGGUCACGUCUCUGGCAUCUGAUGUUCUGUCGAAGAAGGGGGUCAAUGUGGGAUACCGCGAUGUUGCCCACGAUGUGCCAUUGGGCAAAAAAGACAAACUUGAAGAGCAUGGAGUCUACACUAACAAUCGCUUGUACCAAAGUUUUGAUGACAUCGCUGUCCCCCUUGAAGGAAUUGAUGCCAACGGUUACUUUGUGCAUCCUGAUGCUUACAACCGUGAAGGGUACACGGUUAACGAGUACUGGCCGCUCCAGGCGAAUGGACACAAGCAGGCGAUGGAGACGAAGCUGGCUAGCAGUUUAGAGAAUUAUAAUGGAAUCCCUGAGCUCAAAUUCAGCCCCGACAAGCCAGCUGCUGUAGGAAUGGGCAAGACAGGAGGCAGAAAUAAGCUGCCGUUGCAGCUAACAAGGAAGGUCGCGACCUCGAAGCAUGCGCAGACUUCCAGGGGGUUGGAUGAAGCUUGGUUAGCUGCUGGAAGUCAGGAGCCUCUCGGAGUUGAGAAUGUUGUGAAUUCUGUGAAAGCGGCUGGAGCAAUGGAAGAUGGAGUUGUGGAUGCCAAAGAAAAAUCUGAGGCCAUGGCUAAUCUAAGAAACGCCAUGAUGGACUCGCACCAAACGGUUCCUGGUCAUCGAGAACGAUGGCAGAUUGCGCGAGCAGCCAACCCCUGCCAAGAGCAGCAGCCUUAUGAAAGUUAUUUCGCGUACAAGUUCCGACUCGCACAUGGAGGGACGUCUCGAUGUUAAAGACGCCGCAAGGUUUUGAGGGUGUGAUGGCUCUAACGCCGGGUCACGUAUUAUUGUCAUGAUGUCACCUGGGACUCAGUAGUGGAAUGCCUGAGUCACGUCAGUGGUCAACUCACUUAUUUGUUCGAACGUGAGUUGGUCUUUCUCUUGCUCAUGAUGCUCACGGUGUCAGAAUGAGUAAGAUAUCAGUCACUGUUGUCAAAGGUCCCGGUCAGCAACCCCGGCGAAUUCAGCCCAGGGCUAUUUCAACUGAGCGGCACUUGAAACAACAACGCGGCAUGAUGUCGUGUACGGUGCAGCGUGGGGCUAUAGGGAAAUUUAAAGCUGCAACAGAGGUGAGUGUAUACAAGAAGAGGCAUCGUGGAAGAUAUAAAACAAGAAAAAAUAUG